AAUAGAGGCGAUUCAGUCGGCCAAUCACAGCGGUUCGCGGCUUACGUUCACCCGCGGCUUAUCAAUCCGCGAUAAUGACUUGGCGGCUAAACAAUAACAAAAUGACUUAAAACAAAUCGUACACAAAAAUUGGUGCAGAGUCUCGCCGACUUUCGCGCGAGCAUAUCCUGCCAGUAACACGAAACCAAAUAAAAAAAAAGUGAACUCGAAGAGCCGCCAGCCGGUUCGACAUCGUCGGCAUAAUAAAAAAUAAAACAAAUGUGAAAUUGCAGUUUUUAAAAAAUACAGCUUUGAACAAUCAUUCUGUAUUUGUUUUCUACAAAUAUUUUAAAUAAUAAUUUUUAAAUCAAUACAGAACGUGAUCGGUUUUUUUAUGUUUUUUUUUGAAGUGUCAGUGACAGAGUCGUGCUGUAAAAGUGGCAUCGUGUUUACUAAUCAUAACUUACUUUCAUUUGUGCGGUCUCGAUUGAAGUGUUUUUUGUCGAUAGUACUAAUUAAUAAGCAAAUAAAACAGAGUCGUUAUAGUACGUAGUUGGUGAUGGCUGGGUGGAUAUUGCUGCUGGUGGUUGCCACCACUUUGGUGCGCUGCAGUGAUGUCGUGAAGGACUACACGCCUCUUAUAUACGAACCAUCGUGGGUGUAUAAAUGUGUUAGGCAGGAGGGUUGCCAGCGCUCGAGUCAGCCACAUCAGACCACUCCAUCCAACGCAUCCUCGUCACUUGUCUUCGAGAGCUUGGACCACUGUCGUUUAAUCUGUGGCCAGUUUGGAGGAAUCUGGCCCAGGCCUGUGUUUAUGAGCAUGGGCAUCCAAACUGUGCAUAUCCAUCCUAAUUCUUUGAGGUAUAACCUAAAUGGGGUUCCAGCAGAAGCUAAGGAGCUGAUGACUGAAAUGACCAAGAUCACCAGUGACAACAUCAGGGCAGAAUGCGGUGGGGAAGUCACGGCGGAAGCGAACACGUCCGUGGUGGUCUACCUCACUGUCAAGAGUCCUGACCUGACGUUGACAUGGUCUACUGAUGAGGAAUAUCUGUUAGAAGUCCAAACAGUAGGUAACAACAUUGCAGUCUUAAUUGUCGGAGAAACUGUAUAUGGAGCGCGUCACGGAUUAGAGUCCUUUACGCAGCUGAUUUCUUCUGACAGAGCAAAUUACGAUGACAAGAAAAAAUGUGGACUGCUCCUGGUAUCCGAAACCAAGAUUAAGGAUCGCCCUGCGUUCAGGCAUAGAGGCUUCCUAUUGGAUACUUCUAGAAACUUCAUCCCGAUGGAUGACAUUAAGAGGACCAUUGAUGGUCUUGCUGCGACCAAAAUGAAUGUUUUUCACUGGCAUGUGACUGAUUCACACAGCUUUCCUUUGGAGUCUAUUCGAGUGCCGCAAUUCACAAGAUAUGGAGCGUAUUCUCCGUCGGAAAUCUAUUCCACGGAGGAGGUGAGGCAGCUGGUGUCGUACGCGCGCGCGCGCGGCGUACGCAUCAUCAUCGAGAUCGACGCGCCCGCGCACGCUGGCAACGGUUGGCAGUGGGGCAAUGAUUACGGAUAUGGAGACCUCGCAGUGUGCGUGAAUGAGAAAAAAUGGCGGAAAUUCUGCAUUCAGCCACCCUGCGGUCAACUUAACCCCGCCAACCAGGUGAUGUACCGCGUGCUCAGGAACCUCUACAGAGAUAUAGCUGAUAUGUUGCCUAAACCACAGCUUUUUCAUAUGGGAGGAGAUGAGGUCUUUAUUGAAUGCUGGAACUCGAGUCAAGAGAUCAAAUCCUACAUGGCCAACAAGGGGUUUGCUAUUAACCAGGAAGGCUUUAUGAGGCUUUGGGCAGAGUUCCACGCCAAGGCGCUUCAGAUAUGGGAUGAAGAGUUGGUGGCCUCGGGCUCGAAGGCAAACGAAUCGGUCAUGAUCUGGUCCUCAGAUCUCACUAUGCCUGACAGGAUACAGAAGUACCUCAACAAGAAUCGCUUCGUGAUCGAAGUGUGGGAACCCGAGGAGAGUGACGUCCUGGACCAGCUGAUAGACCUGGGCUACCGCGUGGUGGACGUGCCCAAGGACGUGUGGUACCUGGACCACGGGUUCUGGGGCGCCACGCGGUACUCCAACUGGCGCCGCAUGUACUCGCACCAGCCGCGUCGCCACAGCCAGGUGCUCGGCGGCGAGGUGGCCAUGUGGAGCGAGUAUGUCGACAGCCUGGCCCUGGACGGGCGCGUGUGGCCGCGCACGGCGGCGGUGGGCGAGCGGCUGUGGUCGGCGGGCGCGCAGCCGGCGGAGGCGGCGAGCGCGCGGCUGUCGCGGCUGCGCGCGCGGCUGGCGGCGCGCGGCCUGCGCCCCGACGUGCUCGCGCCCGAGUGGUGCGCGCAGCACGACGGGAAGUGCUCCUAAUCACGUCAUUACACUGCUCGAGAAAAAGUACCAUGUAGGAUCCCUAUUUUUAUACAAUACAAUUUUAUAUCACUAUUUAACAUGGCAUACUUUUACUUAUCAUAAUAAUAGUUACGCAGAAUAUUAAUUUGGCAUAAAGUUUUAGGCUCAAUUUUUUUACGCAUACCUACCACAAGCAUAACUAUUUUUAAGCAUAAUAAUCUAAAGCAUAUUGGCGGCUUAGGCAGCACCCUAACCUACUGCUACACUAUAGCUUUAUGCAAAUCAAAAUUAUUGUGAAAGACAUUAGCCUAAAGUAUAAUUAUGCUUAUUGAAAAGUUAUUCCAAAAAACAAGUACCUAUGUCAAAAUGUUAUUAUGUCAAAAAAAUAUUUGCCCAAUUCGUUAUGCUAAAUUAAAUUAGGAUACAAAAUUUAUGCCAAAAACAGGGAUCCCUGUAGGAUGGCAGUUGCUGACGACGUAUCAUGCGCGUGUAAUGAGUCAGUUCGGCGAACGGCGUUCGGGCCUGAAUUAUAAAACACGUCAACAAGUCAUUACGUCACACUUUCGCAUAUUUUUACACGAGGCGAAUACGUUAUGGGUCAAAAAAUUGUAAAAAUAAAAUAACGUGUUACGUGUUUAUAUGUUUCGAGGCAGGCCUUCUGUUUCUGAUAAAAUAUGAUAUUGUUAUCUUACAGAUAAAAGGUGAUUAGCCAGUUCUAUCUACACUUUUUUGUAAACACAAUUUUAUCUGUUCGAUAUGUUACAUUGUAUGUGGAUACAACGUCACAUUAUAUGCUCGAUUAAUUAAAAAAUACGUUAUAGAUCUCACUGUGACAAUUUUAAUGCCCGUGACGUUGAAGGAGACUACUUCGAUGAUUUCAUCGUGCUAUUAAUCUAGAAGACUGACUUAAGUUUGCCUUAGGUAUUUUGUACUUAUGUCAGUGGGGCGUUUUGUUUAGGUAUUAAUUUUAGGAAUUUUUGACAAGUACCAUGACAAGGGGCAUUAGAUUACUUACAAUGAUUAGGUGUUUCAUUUUGCAGUAAACCAAAAACCACAGGAGUAAGAAACACCAAAUUUUCACAAUAUGACAGUUUCAAAAUUUUACUGGUGUUUAUAAUUUAUAUAAAACAAUUGUUAUUUGUAAAGCCAGUCUGUAUAUUCAAUGGCGUAGCUAUUUAUACCUAGGCCCGGGUUGCCAUUUUUCUAGUGGCUUUCCUGGAAUCUGGUUUAUUUAUAUUGUGCGUAGGGAGAUUUGUUUCACUAGUUUAAUUUAUAGUGUAUUAAUUUAAUUUAUUGGAAGUCAGUAUCCGAGGGGCUCCAUGACCUUGAGGGCCUCUCGGACAUGGCCUCCGAUAGCUACGCCACUGUGAAUAUUGUAUUACUGAGUUUUAUAUAUUUUUAAUGAAAUAGGUACAGUUAACUGCACGUCAAGUUACUCUGCACGAAUCUCUAUGCGGCGGUAAUGUUAACGAAUUCGGGUAACUUAAUGCACUUUGACUGUACCUCCAUCAUUCUCUAAUAUUCUUACCUCGUUAAAAGAUGUAAUUUUCUUUUACUAUUUAUAUUAGAUUACUUUUGAUUUUAUAAAAAAUACCUAACUGUAAAAUACAUAAUGUAAAAAAUUGUCUGUAUUUAAUUGUAAUAAAGUUGUACUUGUCUAACUAGAGGUAUGUAUUGUUGUGUAUUAAUAUCAUACUCAUGUUUAAGUAAGGUGUGGAAAAUAUUGUGAUAUAUUUAGUGGAACUACUUAGAAUGCAUGCCCAUUGAAAUAAAUUGAUUUUGAUACUA